GAAGGAGACACACACUUGCUGUCUGUAGCUCUUUGUCUGUAGUUUCUAAGAGAAAUGCCGAACAGCGAGCGUCUCUUUAUGACGCCCUGCUGGCUCAGGCUGUUUUGACAAAAGGCUUCAGCUGCUCAGGUGCUAUAAAGAGCAGCAGCUGCUCCACAGGUAACACACAACCACCACCGAUCACAGAGGCAACAUCAGCAGCAACCAGCUGAGCAACCACAGAGGCAACAUGACUUCUAGCAGCAUGAACAUGGGCAGGGUGGUGUUCUACGAGGACAGGAACUUCCAGGGUCGUUCCCACGAGUGCAGCAGCGACUGUGCCGACAUGUCUUCCUACCUGAGCAGGUGUCACUCCUGCAGGGUGGAGAGAGGCUGCUUCAUGGUCUACGACCGCACCAACUUCAUGGGCAACCAGUACUUCCUGAGGAAGGGCGAGUACUCCGACUACCAGAGCAUGAUGGGAAUGAACGACUGCAUCAGGUCCUGCCGUAUGAUCCCCAUGUACCGUGGCUCGUACAGGAUGAAGAUCUACGAGAGGGAGAACUUUGGAGGCAUGAUGCACGAGCUGAUGGACGACUGCGACAACACCAUGGAUCGUUACCGCAUGUCCAACUGCAUGUCCUGUAACGUGAUGGACGGACACUGGCUGAUGUACGAGCAGGCCAACUACAGAGGCAGGAUGAUGUACAUGAGGCCUGGAGAGUACAGGAACUUCACGAACAUGGGCAUGAGCAACAUGAGGUUCAUGAGCAUGAGGCGCAUCAAUGACUCAUACUAUUAG